GAAUGACUUACCUUGUCCACGUAUUUCUUGCCCAAUACCCGAUGCGCUGGGGCAAAAGUCCAGCUAAGCUCUAUAGAUAAUGAUUGCUUCCACGUCAGAACCGACCUAGUCCUGGGAGGCCCAGACUCACAGUUGAAGAGGAACAGCUCACUGAACCUUUCCAGUCUUUCGAUUCAGUUGAUCAAACUAUUGCCGUCAUGUCUUCAUCUAUUUUAACUCGCGGUGGAGCAGUACAGGCUCCAAAGCAAGGCGUAGUGCACAUUUACAUCGACAACUCGAACUUGUGGAUCGAGGGACAGAAGACGUACGCGCGAAAGAACCACCAGUCCGUCUCGUUUGACCCGACCUGGCGUUUCGACAUUGGGCGUCUUAAGGACGUCUUGACCAGAAAGUCCGGUCCUUAUCUGGAAGGACUGAAUCCGGAGAUCAAUAUUCACUUGUACGGCUCUACCCCUCCGCCCGUUGAUACGGUGUGGCAGGCCAUCAAAUUACACAAUGUCAAGGUUCGAACCUUUGAGAGGAGCUCGUGGACCGGCCGCGAAAAGCUCGUGGACAGCGAACUCAGCUUGGACUCCUUUGAGCAAGCUCUGGAGGACGCUUAUAACAAGGUUAGGAGCGAAUUCAUGAUAGUCUCUGGCGACAAGGACAUGCUUUCCUCCGUGUCGAGGAUCGACCAGAGAGGUUUUCCCGUCCACGUCUGGUCGUGGAAACUCAGCAUGACGGGUGCGUACUCGAGCGACGAGCGGCUUAGAAACGUCAAGGUUCAUUAUCUGGACGAUCACCUGGAGGAAAUCGGGUUCUGCGAGACGUCUUUCCGCAUCGACCGGAACACGAUCGACCCUUGCAGCAUCGUCGUGCUCGAUCCUCUCCCCAAGGCUGACGACAUCGAACAAUACGUCGGCAGCCUUACCGUCCCAGUAUACCGAUACGAAUAUGCUCAGAAGCGCGUCUGCGCCGCUAGCAAGGACCUCGUCAUCAUCCCAGCCCUGGCCCAGCUCAUGGAUCCCGACGACAAGACGCUUUUGUUCAAGGCUGCCGCGUCCGCGCUGAGCAAGUCGGGGCUGGAAGUCAUCACGUACUUUGAAUAUGUUCAGCGCUUCUUGAAAAACACGGACCCGUCUCAAUUCGUCCUCGAGUUAUCCAAUCGUUUCGAAGAGUAUCCUCGACCGGAGGAUAUCAACCCUCAGGAUUCGCAACGCCAUGAGGCUCCUGGAAAGCUGAACGCGGCCGGUGAUGACGGCUACAUUGAAGUAAAGCAUUGGUCGGAAAAACGUAAGAAGUACUUGGACCAGAAGGAAUAUAAGGCCGCAAAGAGAUGUAUGUGGGGCUUCUACUGCGAGAAGGGCAAAUACUGCAAACUGGGUCAUACAGAUGCCGAGCGGGACCAUUUCAAGACUUAUGGGCCCAAGAAGGUAAGGAAGACGAAGCUUUGUAGAAUCAACAACUGCAUCAAGGGGGAAAAAUGCCCGUUUGCUCACGGCGAAGCGGAUUUGCUCUGUCCAACGUGCAACAAGACCGGUGUAGGCCAUAGGAUUGGAGGUUGCUUGAAGAAAUGAUGAAACACCUCUUCGUUUAGUCCAUGAGAGCAUCAGAGUUUGAUCAACAAUGUUAUGUAGCAACGUCACGGUAUAUUGCAGAUUUGUAAAGCUACUUCGGCUUGUGCAAGGCAGAUGGAAAACUACAGCGAGAAUGGAAUCAAGGCAUACGCGGUGUCGUGUUUCUGGGACCAGUGUUUGAACAGAAAAAAUCCCAGCCUCGUA